AUGGCAUCUCGGAUCCCCCCGUCUCUUGCUGGAUCUGCGCACCGCGCUAACAUCUUGAAGAUGUGGCGGCACGCGAUUGCAGUGCGCGUGGGACGCUUUAACAAGGUAGAGCAGUGUACUAUGCGCUCCCCCCGUGCGUCGCUCGGCUUCUCCCCUCUGCGACCCCAGCCCGUGGCUAAGCCGCCUAGCAAAAAGCCCAGGCCCAGGGAUGUGAUGGGUACCGCCGCUACUGUGAAGCCAAAAGCGGUGCACAGCGGUCAAGCGACCGUCGCAGCUGUAGCAGCGAAAGCCACGCCAGUCAAGGCGACGCCAGUAAAGGCGACGCAAGCUAAGGCGACGCUGGCCAAGGCGACGCCAGCCAAGGCGACGCCAGCCAAGGCAACGCCAGCCAAGGCAACGCAAGCCAAGGCGACGCAAGCUAAGGCGACGCAAGCUAAGGCGCUGCCAGCUAAGGUGCUGCCAGCUAAGGCGUCGCCAGCGAAGGUGACGCCAGCUAAGAGUGUUGUGGGAGAGAUGGGAGGAGUGGUGGAGGAAUGUGGUGAGUUGGAAUGGGGAGGCAUGGCAUGA